GAACAUGUGUUUGUACCAACAGCCAAAGGCUUUUCACGUGACCCGUGGUGCAACAGCCACAAACUGCCACACUUGUUUUAUAAUGAAACAUGAGCAUAUAAGAUGAUUGCUUCUCUCUGUGUUAGCAAGUGAAGACGAAAGGGCAUAAAAAGCGGGACUGUUGUAUAGAUUUAGAUUGGAUUUUAUAAUGCCUGCCUUAUAAACUUGGUAUAAAUGUACAGGUUAUUGCCUAUUACUGAGACAUAUAAGAUAUGCAGCAUCCUAAACACAGCAAAUUGCACUUGUAAACAACAGACUUUGGAUCUUACUGUGUAUGUGUAUGAACGUACAAACUGUGAUAACCAAAUGAAUAAGCUUUUGAAGGAGAUAUGGUGGCACAGAGUUGGCACAGAGUCAAGACAUCAAGAUAAUAUUCAGUUCUCUUCAGGUGAGAGUAAAAACACAUGAUAAGCAACAUAUUCAAAAUGUGACAUAUCCUUAAGGGAAUAAUAAAGUUUUAGUGCACUCAAGGUGAACUGAUCCAUGUGCUUGAAUAAAUUCUAGUUAGGUUAAACAUUAAUGGACAUUGUUUAAAACUGCGGUGCAAUCUUGUUAAACUUUCACAAAGACAACAUGGCUGAUUUUGGAGAAAUCCUCAGGAACAUUGGAGAGUUUGGAUUAUUCCAGCAGCUCACUCUGAUUGCACUUUGCUUUCCAAAUUUCAUACAGAGUUUUAUCUUAGCAAGCUUUCUCUUUAUUCAAUCAGAUCCAGAGCGACACUGUAACACAGACUGGAUCCUCAGAGCUGAUCCUAACCUGACCACAGAUGAGCAGCUGAACCUGACUCUGCCCCGGGAGGAGGAUGGGACCUUCAGCAGGUGUCAGAUGUUUAUCCCUGUGGACUGGGACAUCAGUGCCAUCAGGGAGUAUGGACUCAAUGAGACCACAAGGUGCCAGAAUGGAUGGGUGUACUACAACACUCUGUAUGAGACCACCAUAGUCACAGAUUUUAAUCUAGUUUGUGACCAGGCUAACUUGGUGGAAGUGGCACAGUCGGUGCUCAUGGCUGGCAUUCUUAUUGGUUCUAUAGCAUUUGGACCUUUUGCUGAAUCGUUUGGUCGCAAACGAGCGACUCAAAUUCCAGCAGUUAUAAUGUUCAUAUUUACUGUGACAACAGCACUAUGCCCCAAUAUCUACUUAUAUUCAGUAUCACAGUUCCUACUGGGAUUUGGAGCCGGUGGAUAUCGAGUCAACUGUAUAAUAUUGUCCACUGAGUGGAUUGGGGCAUCCAAAAGAUCAUGGGGAGUAUGUGUGACUCAACUAUUUUCUGCAGUAGGGCAGUGUGUACUUGCUGGUGUGAUCUACGCCAUCCGACACUGGAGACUGGCUCAACUAAUCACAGCAGCUCCGCUUGGCGUGGUUGUUGUCUACAUAUGGUUUAUUCCAGAGUCAGCCAGAUGGUUGUUCAGCAGAGGAAGGACAGAAGAGGCUAAACAGCUGAUAGUCAAAGCGGCAGCUGUCAACAAACGUACAGUUCCAGACUCACUGUUUGACAAGAUUGCAGUUAACAACACUGUGAACAGAGGAGGCAUAAAACUUAUAUUCAGAUCACCUCUUCUGACCAGAUACUUUUUUACUGUAGUAUUGGCAUGGUUUUCACUGAAUCUCUCCUUUUACUGCCUGUACUUGAACAUGGGAAACUUUGGCUUGAGCAUCUUCGUGACACAGCUCCUGUUUGGUGCUAUUGAAAUACCUGCUAAUUUACUUUCCAUGUGGCUGUUGGAGGUUUUUGGGAGAAGAGUGUUAUUUAUAGCAACACUUCUGUCUGGCGGACUCUGUUGCAUACUUAUAGUAGCUGUUCCCCAAGAAUGUGCCAUUGCCGUUACAUCAUUGGCUGUCUCUGCACGUUUUUUUCUCAUCUGGGCUGGUUCUGUAUGUAGUGUCUUUAUGCAGGAAUUGUUUCCAACAUCUGUUAGACAAACAGCCACAGCAUUAGGAGCCAUGUCAGGAAGAUUAGGUGGAUUACUGGCUCCACUGCUAAACAUCUUAGCCAUGUACCACUGGGUCAUACCCAUCACAGUGUUCAGCAGCUUUACAUUGGUCAGUGGAGCUCUUGGCUUCCUGCUUCCUGAGACCAGGAGAAGAGAUCUUCCCGACACAGCCGAUGAGGCAGAGGGCAACAGAAAUGUUACCUCCACAACUGCAAGUUUUCCAUAUUUGCAGUCAAGCAAGUUGUAGAUGUUGGUCUGAGAGUUCACAUUUUAAAAGGCAUUAUGCAUUUGCUCCAAACAGAACAUCAGUCAUCAUUUACUGUACAUCAAUGAUUCCCGACCUGGGGGUCAGGAUCUAUCAUGCAGACCAAACAUAUUCCUGACCGGUCACAAUGAUCAAAGGGAUACGA